GUCUCCGCCCGCAGCUCGCGUUCGCCGGCCGUGUGUGUGUGUCCCCUCCCGCUCGCCGUCCCCUUCCGGCAGCUGUCUGUCCCCUCGCGGCGCCGGCUGCCGCGAUGGUGUUCCAGUGCCAGCGGGACAGCUGGGCCCGGCAGUUCACCACCAGGGUCGCGUCGUGCCGCCCCGCGGAGCUGCCGGCCGAGGGCGGCGCGACGGAGCCGCUGCGGGGCUUCCACGUGGUGCUGGAGGACACGAUUCUCUUCCCCGAGGGCGGGGGCCAGCCCGACGACCGGGGACUCAUCGAGGACAUCCCCGUGCUCCGCGUGACGCGGCAGGGCCCGGCUGCCGUCCACUUCGUGCAGACGCCGCUGGAGCCGGGCCGCGAGGUGCUGCUGACGGUGGACUGGGACAGGCGCUUUGACCACAUGCAGCAGCACUCAGGGCAGCAUCUCAUCACUGCCCUUGCAGAUCUGAUGUUUGGAUUCAAAACAACUUCAUGGGAGCUAGGCCAUCAGCGCACCGUCAUCGAGCUGGACACGCCCUCAGUGACAGCAGAACAGGUGGUGGCCCUAGAGGAGAACGUGAAUGAGAAAAUCCGGGCCCGUAUUCCUGUGGUGGUGAGGGAGCACUCUGAGGACGACCCAGAGAUCGAGACGGUGAGAAGCCGCGGUUUGCCAGAUAACCACACAGGGCCAGUGCGCAUCAUAAGCAUCGAGGGCAUAGACGACAACAUGUGCUGCGGGACUCAUGUCUCCAACUUAAGUGACCUGCAGGUUAUUAAGCUCCUUGGCACAGAAAAGGGAAAAAAGAACAAAACCAACUUGGUCUUCCUGGCAGGAAAUCGAGUACUGAAGUCUGUCGAGCGAAGUCACAGCACCGAGAAGGCACUAACCUUGCUGCUUAAAAAUGGAGCAGAGGAGCACGUGGAGGCUGUGAAGAGGCUGCAGAAUUCUGUGAAACUGCUUCAGAAGAACAACUUGAACUUGCUUAGAGACCUUGCAGUUUUGACAGCACAGAACUUCAAAAGCAAUCCGGUCCGAGGCCGAGUGUUUGUGUUACACAGAAAAGACGGUGACUCUGAGUUCAUGAAUAUCAUCGCCAAUGAGAUCGGGACAGAGGACACCCUGCUCUUCCUGACUGUGGGAGACGAGAAGGCAGCUGGGCUCUUCCUCCUGGCUGGGCCCAGUGAAGUGGUUGGAAAAUUAGGCCCCAGAGUGGCGGAACUGCUGGAAGGCAAAGGAGCCGGGAAACGGGACCGCUUCCAAGGCAAGGCGACCAGGAUGAGCAAGCGAGCAGAGGUGCAGGCCCUGCUCCAGGACUUCAUUGGCCACCAGACCCUGGAGGAGUAAGGACCAGCCCUCGCCAGAGGAUUCCCCCAUCUGCUGCUCAUUGACCUGGGACGACAGGUCACUUGCUGACUCCCUCUAGACGAAUAAAUGUUGUGUUACGA